AUGAAUAGAAUGAUCAUUAGUGUAUUCUGUAUAUGUAUUUGUUCAAUUGUAAUAAAUGCUAAUGCAGUUCCAACACACACGACCACCGUUGAGGUUAAUAGUCUUUCCUUCAAAGAAAAAAUUAUCAACUUAUACAAAAAUUGGAUGAAUGAAAAAGAUUAUAAUCCACCAAAAGAGAGUGAAUUCUAUGAAAGAUUUUGGGAAUUAUUUAAACAUUGUUUUUUAAAUUCAGAACAAUUAAGGAAAAUUCUGCCAUUUUGA